AUGGCUGAGAAAAAGGAAGACUCUAAGACUAAGAUUACAGAAGGUGAAGCUGACUUGUACCUAGAUCAGUAUAACUUCACUACCACAGCUGCUAUCGUGAGCUCAGUUGACCGCAAGAUAUUUGUGCUUCUUCGUGACGGUAAGCUGUUCUUCGGUGUGCUAAGGACCUUUGACCAAUAUGCGAACUUAAUUCUACAGGAUUGUGUGGAGAGAAUAUAUGUGCAAGAGAACGGUGAAUAUGCUGAGGAGGAUCGCGGUAUUUUCAUGAUUCGUGGUGAGAAUGUUGUGAUGUUGGGAGAGGUCGAUAUUGACAAGGAAGACGAACCCUUGAAGAGCUUGAAACGUAUACCAUUUGAAGAGGCCAAGAAGCUAAAGCAACUGAAGGAAGAGAAAAGAUGUAAGGAAGAAUUUGCUACAGGCAAGGAGCUGGCUCGUUAUGGUCUGAGCCAUGACUUCCACAAGCAGGAUUUGUAUUAA